UGAUUGGCUCCGAGGGAUACAUAUCCGCAUCGCGACGGACGAGUAGAUAUUGGUGUGGCUGCGAUGCUCCAGGCGCACUUCAUUCAUUCAAGCUUCUAGCGCGUCCUCGCCAUUUGGAUCCGUGUAGCGCGUGAUGGUUCGUCCGGCAAUAUCUCGCCAGAGGCAGAGAAGCAUCGAGGCGCAUAACUUCCGUCCCCAGCUGCGUCGUGGUGUAGAUGGUUAAGGGAAAGACUACGAUUACGCUGACCAGUCGACGGAGGCCUUCUCCUAGGACCUCCUGCGCGACUCGUCUUCCAUCGAUUCAAUCAAUAUCAAGCCAGUGGAGGUCACAGGCCACAGGGAUAGCGUAUACUUGCGGGCGAUCGGUCUUCACGGACUCGGUGCGCUCGUUCUUAGCGGCUGCGAAGGUCCCUGGGGCAUCCAUUCGCAGCGAGUCCUUCUCCAUUGAACCACAAAGCGCUGAUAUAUCUGAUAUCACGCCCAAGGAGGCUGUGGUACGGUUCGCUAAGUUGGGGAAGGGGCGUGCAGCGGGGACAUGGCCAGGAUUUGCUCGGCGUUGCCGGCGGAUACGCUGCUAGACCUGGAGUUGUAGUCGAUUCAUCAGCUCAUAGU